UUUUAUAAAUCAAUACAAACUGAUAAGUGCCUUCGUAAUGUCUGUAAUCUGAUGAUGUGUCAUAUGAUGUUAGUGCAUUAGCGGGAAUAUUAACAUCAGCGCCCAAAACAAACGGAAUAUGGCGCUCAUCAUCAGGUCCAAAUACAUAAGAUCAACACUUCAGGAAAAACCGACGAAUUAUUCUUCACUUUUACGUUGAAAAACAAACUCCACCUCUAUUGAGGUAACGUUAGUUUACAUGAAAUUGUAAGCAGUGACAUGCUAUCAUUUUUUUUUCUUACUGUAUAUAAUUACAGGUAUAACAAAUACAUGAUGAAAUGAAAGAGAAAGUGAUUAAAAACAGUUUAACUUCCCUUAUACAUGUCUUUUAACUAAGUUCAUGGACAUUUGUCAUCUACCAGUUGCAUUAACUAACGUACCAGUUGUCAUAUUACUGGUCAGAUACAGCUGAAGUUUUAUAAAGCAAAUCCAGAGACAUCCACAAAGUAUGAAUGAUUUGAUUUUUCGUCUCAAGGUAAGACUGAUACAGGUGACACACGUCUCCGGAUUCGCCGGGAGAUCUUCCAACCGGAGCCAUUUAUCCAUUCAGUAAUGUAGUAUCAAUAUAAGGAGAACAAAGUCUCCUUACUUAACAUCUUUUUAACAGGUGAACAGCAACUGGGCCUACAAGAGCUGCUUUUUUUUGAGGUCCUAUAAUUGUUCGACCACUUGGGACUUUGGGACAUGUCUUACAAUCAUCCAUACCAAAACCCAGCUGAUGGUUACGGCGCAAGCAAUGACAAGUACAAAGACUCGCAACGAAUUUAUCACCGGGAGUCAACGGCUUACAGGUCGCAGAUACGGGGCGCGUCUCCAGAGCGGAUGUCUCCGUCCUCAUCAGAACCUGUCCUCUCGUCUGCCAAGGCUUUGUCUUUUCUGCAUAGCUGUGGACUGGAUGCUGAAGACCUCCAAACGCUGGCCGAGCUUCCCGAGCAUCUCAUCGCAGCCGAUACCCUUCCUGACCUUCUCGCGCAGAUCAAAAAGAAGAAAGCAUCCGGCACUUCUUCGUCUAGGUCCGGUGCGCUCCGAGACAGUUCGUCGUCUCGCUCCUGGGACGACACGAGCCACGCUCAGCUGGUUGAGUAUCCGUUGGAUUUGCCGGAACGUCAGUCAUACUCCAUUCCUCGAGAGCAGCUUCCAACCUGGGACGACCGCUGGGAAAACGUCCAACAGUCAAGCUCUCCAUCAUGCACGUACACCAGUUCGGAGUCGAACUACGUGGUUGAGUACAACCACCUGAAAGACAAAGAGUCUUAUUUUGAUAAAGCGUCUUAUGCCACGGAACCAUCGAGGCAGAAAACAUCCGUCGUCCCGCAGUCUUACUCCAGCUACAGCAGAGACGCUAUUCAAUCCUCACAUUUGUCCAGCAGAGACGGCAGUCAUUCCUCACGUCUGUCCAGUAGAGACGUUAGUCAAUCCUCACAUCUGUCCAGUAGAGAUGCAAGUCAGUCCUCACAUCUGUCCAGUAGAGACAUUGGACAAUCCUCACAUCUGUCCAGUAGAGACAUUGGACAAUCCUCACAUCUGUCCAGUAGAGACAUUGGUCAAUCCUCAUAUCUGUCCAGUAGAGACAUUGGACAAUCCUCACAUCUGUCCAGUAGAGACAUUGGCCAAUCCUCACAUCUGUCCAGUAGAGACAUUGGCCAAUCCUCACAUCUGUCCAGUAGAGACAUUGGACAAUCCUCACAUCUGUCCAGUAGAGACAUUGGUCAAUCCUCACAUCUGUCCAGUAGAGACAUUGGUCAAUCCUCACAUCUGUCCAGUAGAGACAUUGGUCAAUCCUCACAUCUGUCCAGUAGAGAUGCAAGUCAAUCCUCACAUCUGUCCAGUAGAGACAUUGGUCAAUCCUCACAUCUGUCCAGUAGAGAUGCAAGUCAAUCCUCCCACCGCUCUAGCAGAGAUGUCAGUCAGUCCUCUUAUCUGUCCAGUAAAGACGUCAGUCAGUCCUCGCAUCGCUCUAGCAGAGAUGCCAGUCACUCCUCACAUCUGUCCGGUAGAGACACUGGCCAGUCCUCACAUCUGUCAAGCAGAGAUGUUGGUCUGCCGUCACUCCUGUCCAGCAGAGACGCCGGUCCACCCUCGCACCUGUCCAACCGAGGCAUCGCUCCACCUUCUCUCCAGUCCAGCAGAGACGUCGGUCUGCCCUCGCUCCUGUCCAUCAGAGACCUUGCUCCACCCUCGCACCUGUCCAGCAGAGACGUUCGUCAAUCGUCACACCACCAGAGGACAGAAUCGGCUCCUAGAGUGCCUACCAGGAAGGAGGCGUCAGAUUUCCACGGGAAAACUCCUCCAGUGUUUCCCUACGCAUGCGUGCUCUGCGAAAUCACUGUCCUCUCCAACAAGGACUGGUCUGUGCACGUAAAAGGAGCCCAACAUGCUCAUAGUCAACUUAGUCUUGUGGAAAAAUAUCCAGCGUGGGACCAGACAAUCCAGUCUGCUCGAAGAAAUGAGCCCCAUUCUGAUCGACUCGUGUCUAGGACAACACAGGAACGAGGGGGAACCUCAAGCAGUAGAAAUGGAUCGUUAGGCAGCAGAAGUGGAGCGUCGCGCAGCAGAAGUGCAUCAUCAAGCAGUCAAAACCACAGUAAUACUGAAUCGAAGUGCAAAGUGGUGUGUGUCAAGUUUGAAGUGGAUGAAGUAGACGAAGCUUACCUGAAAAAAUUGCUUUGUCAGUUUGGGGCUAUUGUCAAAAUCAUUAUGUUACCUAGAAUGGCUUUUGUGAAUAUGGGAACAGCAGGCCAGGCAGAGGAUAUAGUAAAAUAUUUCUACCAAAACCCUUUGAGGAUCAAAGGAGAACUGAUCGUAUUUACUCUGUCUGCAGCAGUCAGUUUCCUACAGACAUCUCGUGUAGUGAGCUUUUCACCACUACCUUCUGGAGAUGGCAUACGCUCGGAGUUGACGGCCAUUGCUAAGCGUUUCGGAUCAGUAAAAAAUUCACUGUUUCUCCCGAGCCGGGGUUAUGUGGAGAUGGGCAGCAUGGAAGAGGCCAACAAAUUGGUGGAGCAUUAUUCAACCAGUUCACUCAAAAUAAAAGGAAAAACCAUUAACGUUUGCUCCUCAACCGAGUACCAGACACUUGGUAUGAAGGAUGCUGACAAAGAAAGAUCACCAGUACCUUAUAGCAGCAGGAGAAGGCGGAGGAGUUGCAGCCCAAGAAGGAGAACCCACAGAGACUCUCCCAGCCCCAAACGAAGAGCUUCUGAAGAGAGGUCCAGGUCUCGCAGGAGUCAAGACUCUAAGAAACGAGAAGAAAGUGGACGCUCGCGGGAGAGAACCAAAGAGAGCUCCAAACGGGACAGCUCAUACAAAUCCCGUUCUAAAAGAAGCUCUCCUUCUAAAGACCAGAAACAAGAAACAAAAACAGAAGAGAGUGUGGAGGAGACGGUUGAAGACGACAACGAUCAGUCUGACAUCAUGGCUGAUGAUAGUGAUCUUGAAGGAGUGGCAGUUAUCGCAGAUGAUGGUGAGGCACUGAAUUCAGAAGAUGAGCUCACAGUAGAUGAAGAGAUAGAUGAUGAGGUGCAUGAUACCUCAGAUGAACAGGAACAGGAUGCAUCUGAAGAUGUCCAAGCUCUGAACGAGUCAGAUGAUCAGACUAAACCUUCAGACAUGGACACAUCGAGCAUACAGCCAGAGAUGUCAGAGCAUGUACCAGCUACUACAACUACAACAGAUGGAUCAAGCGAUUGUAAGGAAGCCAAAGAGCUUCAACAAGGAGAACAAAAAGAGCUUCAAGAAGAGCCAAAAGAGCUUCAGCAAGUAGAGCAAGAAGAGCCAAAAGAGCUUCAAGAAGGAGAACAAAAAGGGCUUCAAGAAGAGCCAAACGAGCUUCAAGAAGAGCCAAAAGAGCUUCAAGAAGAGCCAAACGAGCUUCAAGAAGAGCCAAAAGAGCUUCAAGAAGAGCCAAAAGAGCUUCAAGAAGGAGAACAAAAAGGGCUUCAAGAAGAGCCAAACGAGCUUCAAGAAGAGCCAAAAGAGCUUCAAGAAGAGCCAAACGAGCUUCAAGAAGAGCCAAAAGAGCUUCAAGAAGAGCCAAACGAGCUUCAAGAAGAGCCAAACGAGCUUCAAGAAGAGCCAAACGAGCUUCAAGAAAAGCAAAAAGAGCUUCAACAAGGAGAGCAAAAAGAGCUUGAGAAUAAGCAAAAAGUACUUCAAGAAGACCAAAAAGAGCUUCAAGAAGUCGAGAAAAAAGAGCUUCAGCAAAAAGAGCUUAAACAAGAAGAGCAAAAAGAGCUUCAACACGGAGAACAAAACAAGCUUCAACAAGGGGAGCAGAAAGACGAUACGGUGAAGAUGAAGGAGGAGGCAGCAGAUUUCUCAGAAAAUCUAGACAAGGAGGGAGUGUUGACAGAACAAGGGGAUGAAAAGGAGAUCUCGACUUCAAGCACUGAGGAAAAGUUUGGCAAAGUUCUUGAGGUGGCAGGUUUUCCGGUAGCUAAAAAAUACAGUGAAGCAGAUUUGCUGAAAAUCGGGAAAAAAUAUGGAGAUGUGGCAGGCUGCUGUCUGGUUCGCAGCAAUCGAAAGGUGGAGAUGGCAUUAAUUGAGAUGGUGAAUGCUGCCGAUGCUGCAAAACUUGAAGCUGAGUGUAAAAGGCAACACAUUAAACUAGGCGGCAGAAACUUAAGGAUAACAGUGUCAAAGAAAUACAGCCAAUUAAACGAGGGGCAAAGUAUUGACGCAGACUCUGAGAAAGAGAAAGUUAAGGAAGAUAUUGAAGAGGACAGUAAGGAGCCCUCAAGCACACUGGCUUCCAGUGAGGAGAGUACAGUACUGAUGGCUGAGAUGGAGAUCUCUGAAGAAGAUGCCGAGGCUCAGGAAGCAAACGAAACCAACAUGGACACAAUCAUGCAAACAUCUAGUGAUGAGGAGGAAACGUAUGGAAGAGUUCUCCGGAUCAGAAACCUUCCCAUGCCUGAUGAGUACACUGAUGCAGAUUUCCUGAGCAUUGUAGAACCGUAUGGAAAAGUAAUACGCCAUUGGAUGUUUCGCCUCCAUCAAACGGGACUGAUUGAAAUGGAAAAGGCCUCUGAUGCUGAAAAGGUUGUAGCUGCGGCCAACAUGAAUAAAAUUACAGUUGCUGGAAAAAAUCCCAAGAUUUCAGUGUCUACCAAACAUGCUCAUUUAAAUAAAAGGUACUUUCUACAUGGACCAAGUGAUGGUUCUUUACAAGCAUCUACUGAGUUCGAGGAGGAAAAUGAUGAAUCCAAGACUAUUUCUGAGCAGCCGUCUAUCCAAACAUCAGCGAAUGUCAAGGAGUCCUCGAAUGAUGUCAACUCAAAGGCAGAUGAGAUGCAAGAUUCUGCAGCUGAUGAAGGAAAUUCAGACGUUGUGACAGAGAUGCAAACACCUGUGAUGGAUCCAGUGGGGACAGAGUUUGUUCGGCCCGUGGUGGGUUACUUCUGCAGCUUGUGUAAUGCCAUCUAUGCCAGUGAGGAAGAGGCCAAAGACGAACACUGCAGAACCCCAAUGCAUCAUCAGAAGCUGAAGGAGCACAAGGAGCGAAACAGUUGAACAUAAACCAUGACACGGAACAGAAAUCGCAUGACCAUAGCAUACUGUAGCUAAUUCAGAUCAUAAUAUGUGUUAAACGAUUAAGUGAUUCAGUAGUAAUGCAGGAAUUUAAAUUUUAUUUAGCUUUUUUUAUUAUUAUUAUAGCCUGUGUUUGCUGUGUUUGUCUUUCUGUUUCAGCAAUGGUUUUAUCUGGUAAUCAACAAAAAAAAAUUUUUUUUUUUUUUUCAAAAAGCAUGUACUUUCCUACAGUGUACUGGAUUUAAUUAAUAAGUUAAAUGGAAUGCAGUAAAAGCGUUUCUGCUCAAAUAAAGACGUGUACAGUUAUCCACUAAA